AAAUAAUAAACCAUAGACACCACAUUAAUGGCUUUUGAUCCUUCUCUGAUUUUCCCUUCUCUUUAAGUUUCGUCGUCCUCUUUCUUCAACAAGCACGCAACCAAGCAAGCAUGGGUUUUCUAUCUUUUCUCUCGAAGAAGAAAAAACCUAACAAGACUCUUUCAGUGAGUGAAACUGAAAAUCCUAGCAGUAAUCGCGGGGAGGCAGCAUUAUCAUCACCUGUUAAUUCAACUGUGACAGUGGGAUUCGAAGAAGUAUUCAAGAAAUUUGAUGUUGAUGGAGAUGGUAAGAUAUCGUAUGUAGAAUUAGGGUCGAUAUUGAGUACUUUAGGUUAUGAAGCAACAACUGAAGAAUUAGAAGUAAUGGUUAAAGAAGUUGAUUCAGAUGGAGAUGGAUUUAUAGAUUUGAAUGAGUUUCUUGAAUUGAAUAAGAUUGAUUCAGAGAAACAAGUUAAAGAUAUUGAAGAAGCGUUUGCUAUUGUUGAUACUAAUGGUGAUGGUUCGAUUUCUCCUAGUGAGCUUCAGAAGCUUUUGAAAACUUUAGGUGAUGAAUCGUCGAUUUCUGAUUGUAAGAAGAUUAUAAAGAAUUUUGACUGUGAUGGUGAUGGUUUGAUUUCGCUCGACGAGUUUAAGAAGAUGAUGUUCCAAGGAUCUAAUUUCUUGGAUAGAAACGGAAAUUAAACAUAUUCAGCUCUUGAUUUUCUUCUGAGUUUUAGGGUUUUUUUUUGUUUUCUUCAUUAAAGUUGUUAUUAAGAUUCUGUUACAGUUCCUGAAUCUUCUGAUGAUAAUACUGGAAAUCCUUUAUUGUUUAUUAUUUCGAGGGUUUUUUUUUUUUUUUGUUUAUUUGAAUUUCGAUUUCCUCUUAAGAAAAUUUAGAAUAACAAAUUAGUUGAUGGAAACUGGAAAGUCAAUUCAAUAUCUUAAUAACAUUCUUUGCCUUUGUUUUU